UUAAAAGUUAGUUUAGAUUAUGGCGGGGGUUUUGAUACAGGCUAGGAGCGACAAUCAUGUCGGCCACUUUCUUGUGAAUUAUAUGAAGAAAGAUCAGGAUCAGAUUUGUCAGAUCGAUGCAGCAACCGGUGAGCAAGAAACCAGGAGGUCUGUGCUCGCCCGAGCCAUUCGGCUAGCCCAAUGCUUCAGAAGACUAGGAUUAAAGCCGGGAGACGUCCUAGUGUUGGGCGGAAAGAACCAUUUGGAUGUCCACAUCCCUUACUACGCAGCUCUUGUCAAUGGCCUUCCGUUAGCUGGAGUUGACCCACAAUUCAAAUACACUGAAAUAAAGGAGCUUUUCAAAAUAGUGGAACCGAAAGUGGCAUUUUGUCAAAACGUAAUGUACGAGGACUAUAGCCGUGCUGCAAAAGAUUUAGGACUCGACAUUAAAAUAUUCACGUUUGAUGGUGAAAAUUCCAUGACUAAGUUGAUGAACACUUACACGGAUCUCGAGCCUGAAGAGCAGUUUAAAGUCGCCGAGUUCGAUGUGUCCAAAGUGUACUGCUGGUUGGUGAGCACGAGCGGUUCCACUGGCUUCCCAAAGGUGGCAGCACUGUCGCACUCCAACGUGCUACAGAAUGUGGAGUUCUUCAGUCAUGCAGCCCCUCCAGGGGGUGAGCGUAGAACAGCCAUGAACCUAUCAUCCAUUCAAUGGAUCUCCGCGUGCUUCAAUACAUCUGCCCCGUGCACCACUGAACAUGUCAUCGACCUCAUCAAUAAGUACAAGCCAGUAACAACGUUCACAACAGCAACACUGCUGUCGCCCAUUCUGCAUCAUGAGAAACACUGCGACCUCACAUGUUUCGAUGUCUUGAAAGUCGGCGGCUCCAAGAUUUAUUUAGAGUUCAUGAAUGCUUUAAGCGCUCGUGUACGAAAAGAUACGAAGAUAGUCGUGGGAUAUGGUAUGACUGAAUGUGGAGGAUCAGUAUUUAAGCCCUGUCCUGACGGACCUUUCGGCAAUAUUGGAGUAGAAUAUCCGCUGUAUCAAGUAAAGAUAGUUGAUCCGGAAACAGAAAAAGUUAUUUUAGAACCCAAUGUGACAGGAGAACUCCGAGUCAAAGGGCCUAGAAUGGAGUGUUAUUACAAUAAUCCUAAAGCAACAGCCGAAGCGUUCGCAGAAGAUGGUUACUUAAAAUCAGGAGAUCUGGUGUAUAAGGAUGAAAACGGCUAUUACUUCUUUGUGGAUAGACUCAAAAUGCUACUGAAGUACAAAAACUAUCAAGUCAUACCUCCAGAGAUAGAAGAAGUGAUCCUAACGCAUCCUGGCGUACAAGACGUAUGUGUUACUGGUGUCCCACACAUAGAUGACGGAGAGCGUGUAGCGGCGUGCAUAGUGCGACGACCAGGGUCUACGGUCUCCGCUCAGGAGAUCAAGGAUCUCGUCGCCAGCAAAAUGUCUGUUCACAAGCAGUUGUACGGAGGUGUCGUGUUCGUGAAUGAGCUGCCCCUCACAUCUAACGGAAAAGUUAGUCGUGUUAAAGUGAAAAAUAUUACAAUCAAUUCAAAGAGAGAGUAAACACAAAUACCUUUUGGGUAGUGCAAUAAAAUAUGAAAGAAUUGGUAUAGGUAUUCGGUUAACUUUAACUUUACUUUAAACUAAUGUAGUACCUCAUCAGUCUUUAAAAUACCUAAUUUAAAUCUUCUUAAAUUAUAUGUCUGGACGAAUUUAAUUUAUGCAAUGUGAUAUAAGUAUAAAUUAAUGUAAAAA